CAAUCUCUUCAGUUCACUGUACAGGAGACUUUGAAAACGUGCGACUCUCCUCCAGGCAAAAUGAAAGAAAUUCUACAGGGCCUGUUCUUCUGCCUGGUCACUGCAGCUUUCUUCCUUUUCUAUCCCGCAGAGAAAAAAACUGUUCACCCAUUAUCCAGAGGAUGGGGUGCUGAUAUUGACUGGGUUCAAUCGUAUGAAGAAGGACUAUUUGAAGCCCAGACCAGGGAUAAACCCCUCAUGGUGAUUCAUCACUUAAUGGACUGCCCCUACAGCAAGGCUCUGAAGGAGGCGUUUUCUCAGCAUGAAGAAAUCCAGAACAUAGCCAAAGUGGAUUUUAUCAUGAUGAAUGUGAUGCAUGAGACAGCAGACGGCAAUCUGGCACCGGAUGGUUACUACGUCCCUCGGAUUAUCUUUGUCGAUCCAACUAUGACCGUUCGGACUGACCUCAUUGGAAACGUUGAGACACUCAAAUACACCUACAGCCAAGAGGACCUUGAUAAACUGCUUGAAAACAUGAAGAAGGCAGUCUCAGAAAGGCACAGGGUCGAACUCUAACAGAUCUCAGAGGGUGGGGAUGGCCAGGAAGGACUUUACAGAUGCAGACUGUGUGUCAAUUCAGUGAACAUAAAUAUCCUUUUAAAACAAAACAACUGUCUGCUUCAUUGAGUCUGUCUAUGGAAUUGAUAUUUCUUGAAUAGCUCACUUGAGAGUUUUUAAUAAUGUAAAAUAAAGAGCAGAUCAUGAAACACUGGGACUAUUUUUGUGCAGCAUUGUGUGCCAGUGUUCAAGACUGGGGGUGGGGUGAUAGAAGUUAUGGUUUUCAAAAAUAAAAAUGUUUCAUUUUGAAGCUA